CCGUUUUGAGAGUCCAGAAAGUACAGCACCUGUUUCCAGUCGUUGGUCAGCCAUGUCCGUGAAACCGAUUCGGGAGCAUGCAGGCAAGGCUUUGUUGGAGAAGCUGCUGCCAGAGAUUUCUGGGGGCAAGCACAAGAUGGGUCAUGCCGGAGUUCUCGUGACACCCUCCGUGUUGGAUUCCACCAGCAAUGGCAGUUGGGACAAGAUCUUGGAGCAGAACCCCUGGUUGAAGACCACCAACUUGGUGGCCAAGCCAGAUCAGCUGAUCAAGCGACGUGGCAAGGCUGGCCUGAUUGCGGUGAACAAGACUUUUGACGAGGCAAAGCAGUGGGUGAUGGACCGAAUGUGCAAAGAGCAGAAAGUCGAGCACGUGACUGGGCAGCUCACGCACUUCCUCGUCGAACCUUUUGUGCCUCACAAGCAAGAACAGGAACACUACAUCUGCAUGCUUUCCCAUCGCUACCAUGACGAAAUUCUCUUUUACCAUGAAGGUGGGGUGGAUGUCGGCGAUGUGGAUGCAAAGGCUGAGCGUUUGGAAAUUCCAACAGGUGAGGCUUUGACGGAAGCUACCGUGACCCAGAAGCUGCUCACCAAACUGAACCCUGCAAAGCAGGGAAACAUGGCCUCGUUCAUUUGCAGUUUGUACAAGUUCUACACUGACUUGCACUUUGCAUACUUGGAGAUCAACCCUUUGGUCAUGUUGGAUGACAACACCGUGGUGCCACUAGACAUGGCAGCCAAACUUGAUGAGACUGCCAACUUCCUGACCGCACAGAAGUGGGGAGAGCUUGAUUGGCCACCUCCCUUUGGCCGCGCAGCAUAUCCUGAGGAAGCUCUGAUCCGAGACAUGGAUGGCCGAACGGGUGCAUCCCUGAAAUUGACGAUCCUCAAUGAGAAGGGCCGUGUUUGGACCAUGGUUGCAGGAGGAGGUGCUUCUGUGGUGUACGCAGACACGGUUGCAGAUUACGGCAUGGGCCAUGAACUUGCCAACUACGGUGAGUAUUCUGGAGCCCCUUCCACUGAAGAGACUUUUGUCUAUGCCAAGACUCUGCUUUCUUUGAUGAUGAAGUACAAGCACCCAGAAGGAAAGUUCCUGAUCAUUGGUGGUGGCAUUGCCAACUUCACCGACGUUGCAGCAACCUUCACAGGCCUCAUCAAGGCUCUGCAGGAGUAUGCCGAUGACAUCAAGGAGAACAAGAUCAAGAUCUUGAUCCGUCGUGCAGGGCCAAACUACUUGGAAGGUUUGCGUAAGGUCAAGGCCGCCAGUGACAAGUUGGGCCUUGGCAUCAAGGUUUAUGGUCCUGAGACCCACAUCACCGCAAUCAUCCCCAUGGCCCUGGGCCUGGUGGACCCUCUUCCAGAGCCAGACCUUUCCGCUCCAGCUGGACCACCUGUCCGCAAAAUGAUUGACCUCAAGGGAGCCAAGCCAGUCGGCAAGGGCCACCCACCAGCACCCGCAGGAACUAAGCACACCUUGGUCACAGCCACGCCAGACACCACAUCGAUUGUCUAUGGUAUGCAGAACCGCGCUGUUCAAGGAAUGUUGGAUUUCGACUACAUGUGCAAACGCAAGAAGCCUUCCGUCGAGGCUAUGAUUUUCCCUUUCUCCGGUUGCCUGCCUGUGAAGUUCUACUGGGGCACUGAAGAGAUCUUGAUGCCUGUCUACACCACCACAAAGGAGGCAGUGCAGAAGCACCCCAACACUUCCGUGUUCGUGAACUUCGCGUCAUUCCGAUCAGUGCACGAGACAACCCUGGAGGCAAUGAACUACACCAACCUCAAGACCAUCGCCAUCAUUGCAGAGGGUGUGCCAGAGCAACAGACCCGCGACAUCAUCAAGGUCGCAGAGCAGAAGGGUGUAGGCAUCAUUGGCCCAGCCACUGUGGGUGGCAUCAAGCCGGGCUGUCUGCGCAUUGGCAACACUGGCGGCAUGUCAACCACCCAGUUGGACAACAUUGUGAUGUCUCGCCUGUACCGCCCUGGAUCUGUUGCCUAUGUCUCCAAGUCCGGAGGAAUGUCCAAUGAGCUGAACAACAUCGUUGCCCGCAACUCCGAUGGUGUUUAUGAAGGUGUGGCAAUUGGCCCUGGCCUCAAAGCCUUCAGAUGCCUUCAGGUCGUGUGGCUAACUCUGUACCACUACCGCACCAGUGCUGUUCUGCAUGUUGGCAAGGUGGUGACCGCUACCCUGGCAGACGACCCCAAGGCAAAGAUGCUGCUCUUGCUGGGUGAAGUUGGUGGCCUGGACGAGUACGACCUCAUUGAGGCCAAGAAGAAGGGCCGCAUCACAAAGCCAGUGAUUGCCUGGUGCGUCGGUACUUGCGCAUCCUGCUUCACCACCGAGGUGCAGUUCGGACAUGCCGGUGCCCAGGCUCGAGGUGACAUGGAGACUGCAGCUGCGAAGAACAAGGCCAUGAAGGAAGCAGGAUUUUUCGUCCCAGACUCCUUCGACAAAUUGCCGGACAUGAUCAACCAGGUUUACACACAGCUCGUCAUGGAGGGCGAAAUUGUGGAGACGCCAGAAGGCGAGACCCCUCAGGUGCCAAUGGACUAUACCUGGGCCAAGAAGCUGGGCAUGAUCAGGAAGCCUGCCAACUUCAUCUCAUCUAUCUCUGAUGAUCGUGGAGAGGAGCUCACCUACUGUGGCAUGUCUAUCUCCGAUGUCUUCACGAAGGACAUUGGCAUCGGAGGCGUGCUUUCUCUGCUGUGGUUCCGCCGACAGCUCCCGGAAUACUGCACCAAGUUCAUUGAGAUGAUUUUGAUGGUCACCGCAGACCACGGCCCUGCAGUGAGUGGUGCACACAACACCAUUGUCACAGCCCGCGCAG